AUGGGGCGGCGAGGGGGCGGCGAGGGGACGGCGAGGGGACGACGAUGGGGCGGCGAGGGGACGGCGAUGGGGCGGCGAGGGGGCGACAAAGGGGACGGCGACAGAACUACUUGCCGCAAAGAGCGGCAAAUAGGAAAUUCCUACCAGCAGCACGCUGCAACUCUCCCGGCGCGCGGCCGGCGAGGGCCUUGCAUCCGCGGCGAAGGGGAGCUAGAAGGAGGACGCGCGCUUCUUCUCGUUCCUCCCUCACCGGCGGCGGCCGUCCCAUUCGAUGCGGCUCCAUCUGGUUCGGUUCGGUUCGGUGGAGACCACCCCUCGUCCGUCCCGCGCUGCCGCUCACUAGCCACCAAUCAGGACCUUCGGAAGGCAUUGGUGUAUUUGCAAGUUAAGUUGAAUGAAGCAAUGAUAAUUUAUUUGGAGGACCAAUCCAGGUGAAAGAAUCUUACACUGACAUCUGCUAUUUGGGUAGCUACUUGGCUCGUAUGAGCACGGAUGCAUAUCAACCCACGAGCUAUAUGAGGCCCAGCUUGGUGAGGAUCUUCCUAUUUUGAGCUAUGCGGUGAUGAUCUAAAUGUUUCCUUUAAUAGCCAAUAGGUGAGAUCGAAGAUUUCUCAUCUAACAUCUAGUUUAUAUUAUCUCCAUGAAAGUUCUGGCAAUCGUAAGUAUGGUCUCUGAAAAUGACCCCUCAAAGGCCAACCCACUCGUAUGGCUGGAAAGAUGAAAGAAUUUUUAUGUUGAUAUGUUCCUGUCAGUCAACAGUAAGGUUGCCAUAUUUAUAUGGCAUCAGGAUUCUUUAUCUCGGUAUUUACUGUAGUGUGCAAUGCCCUUGUGGACUUCAAACCCACUCCUGUAGUUAUCUAAUCAAUCAACUGG